GCGAGACCUUUCAAAGGGCAACAACAAUAAUGUGAAAGCCCAGAGGGGAAUGGUUAUUUUCCUCAAGGGUUCUACUUUAACCAAACACCAGUGACUGCAAUAGUUGAACGCUGAUGCAUUUAGUUGAUAAUUUUACUUACAAUCUGUCGUUGGGGCCCGGCAUAAUUGCACUAAUAGCAACUUGUGAGAAAGCGAAACAAUUGUUUCAAUCCUUUGUUACAGAGAGAUGUGAAGCAACGUUACAUAGCAGCUCCAAGAUAAGGAAACAUUUCCAAUAAGCAUAUGCACCAACGGUUUGUCACAGGCUCGUCUUUUUCUCCUGCUCUCGGUGAGUUGGACCAACCUGCGCUGCGGAUCUUGACGUGAAAUUUACCUGCAGCAACACUAUCGCUGGCGGAAUGUGCCAUGACACUUGCGGGGGAAACGUGGAUAUUCUGGUUUCGUCGAGGGGUGUAUCAGCGCCUUCGACUUUACCCAAGAAAGCCGUGCUAAAACGAAGUGUUUCUGUUGAGGUCUCAAACAUGCGGUUUGGGUCGGGAGAGGGGUGUGGGGGAGAUAAAUGGGACGUGCCCAGAGGCUGCCUCCCCACUGACAGAUUGGAGAGGACCCGGAAUUAGCGCCCGUCCUACCUGCGCCCCGCACUUGGGGAAGUUGCGGGAAAUCCGCCUGCGAGAGCCCGGGGAUGGCUGCUCUCGGCGGGGUCCCGCAGCACGAACUUCCCGAGUUCGACGUCUUCAAUGGGAACUGCUUAGAAGGAGAGGGGGACGCCUUCGUGAACUCCCUUGGCAGUAACUCAGACGGGCUGUCCGGUUUGCAGGGAUGGACGCUGAGUGCAGGCUGCCCGGCAGCAGUCCGAGGCCCUUUGCCUCCAAAGGCCGGCGAGAACAUCCACCCACCGUCUGCUGGAGCCCCGGGCCAGCACCGGGCGAGAGCCGUGGCCCCCGCGGAGAAAACGCCGAGAUCUCACAUUGAUCAAGAGGGCAGAGACGGUCAGUCAGGAAUCGCUUGCAGGAGAACUUCUUCCAUUGUGGACGGUCUGCUGACGGAACUCUAUGACUCCUACACCUAUAGCGGCUGGAGCAUCGACAGUGUGGACAGUUCAACGGAGGCCUCCAGCUCCGAUGCUUUCCUGGGAAGGAGUAAUUCUGGAUCUGCAUUCCUGCAGGAAUUUCAGGAGCAGUACACGACUAAACAUCAGAUGCAAUACCUGGCACAAAAAGAUUUAGACGAGCUGAAGCGGAUUGUAGAGGAGCUAAAGUACAGAAUUGCUGUACAGUCUGCCAAGCUGGUUCGUCAACUAAGGAGAAAGGACAGCCUUUCACAUAAACUGCAGAAAAACAGUGAUAUUGUGACGGCAUGUCUGCAAGCAGUUUCACAGAAAAGGCGCGUCGAUACAAAGUUGAAAUUCACAAUCGAACCAUCUCUGAGCAAGCACGGGUUUCAGCAGUGGUAUGAUGCUCUGAAAGCUGUUGCUAGAUUGCCAACAGGAAUUCCAAAGGAUUGGAGGAAAAGAGUUUGGCUGACUCUUGCAGACCACUAUUUGCACAGUAUCUCAAUUGACUGGGAGAAGACAAUGCGUUUUGCUUUUAAUGAUAGGAGCAAUCCUGAUGAUGAUUCCAUGGGCAUUCAAAUAGUGAAGGAUCUUCACAGAACAGGUUGUAGUUCUUACUGUGGGCAGGAGGCUGAACAGGAUCGUGUGGUGCUGAAGCGAGUCCUUCUUGCCUAUGCUCGUUGGAACAAAUUUGUUGGUUACUGUCAAGGUUUCAAUGUACUUGCGGCGCUCAUAUUGGAAGUGAUGGAAGUAAAUGAAGGAGAUGCACUGAAGAUAAUGAUUUAUUUGAUUGACAAAGUGCUUCCUGAGAGUUAUUUUGCCAAUAAUCUACGUGCAUUAUCAGUGGAUAUGGCUGUUUUUCGAGAUCUUCUCCGGAUAAAGCUACCAGAGCUUUCUCAGUACCUUGAUGAUCUCCAGAAGGUUGCCAACAAGGAAAGUGCAGGUAGUUAUGAGCCUCCCCUGACAAAUGUUUUCACCAUGCAGUGGUUCCUCACUUUAUUUGCAACAUGUCUUCCAAAUCACACUGUCCUCCGAAUCUGGGAUUCUGUGUUCUUUGAAGGGUCAGAAGUGAUCCUAAGAGUGGCCUUGGCAAUCUGGGCUAAACUUGGAGAAAGAAUCAAAAGCUGCCAAAGUGCAGAUGAAUUUUACAGCACUAUGGGCAGACUGACUCAAGAGAUGCUGGAGGAUCGUCUGAUUGACUGUAAUGAGCUGAUGCAGACACUUUAUUCAAUGGCACCAUUCCCCUUCCCACAACUGGCUGAACUGAGAGAAAAAUACACUUAUAAUAUCAAUCCAUUCCCAAUCCCUGUGAAGCUGUCCGAAUCACAACGGAAUUUCAGUAGAACCAAAGACAGUGAUGAAGAGAUUGAUUUGGACGAUGAAGAUGCAAUAGCUUCUGCAGUUGGUUGUCUGGGACCAUUCAGUCUUCUUGUACCAGAAUUGCAGAAGUAUCAGAAACAAAUCAAAGACCAGCAGGAUGAGCAGAUCCUGAAAUCAAGUAACAUUGCUGAGCUCAGCCCUGGGGCAAUCGAUGCCAGCCGCAGUGAGCACCAUUCUGUUUUUAACAGCAUGAUGAUGGAGCGUAUGACAACUGACAUCAAUGCACUGAAGCAACAAUAUAUUAGGAUAAAGAAGAAGCAGCAGCAGCAACAAGCCCAUUUCAUCUUCAUCAAAGCAGGAACAGAAAAUGAAAUGAAUCCUGGGAUCAUCCCAGAUCCUAGGGACCAGAUGAAUAAUGCUAUUGGAAGAAGUGAAGGAUCUGCCAGCACCAUUCUGCCUUCACCAACCAAUGAAACUCCAAUGAUGAAUCACUUGCUUCUCGGGAAGAAACUGCAAGUCACUAACCGGAUCACAAGGAAUGCUGUUCUUCAUGUGGCCGGACCAAAGGCCCCACACGAAGACACAAAGUCAAAGCUAAACUCACCAUGGCGCACACACAUCCGUGUUCACCGAAAAAACCUCGCACGGACCAGGAACCAGCUGAGCUACAGUGAUACCAUAGGGCUAAUGGAGGAACAGGGCCAAGUCACAAAAGAAAGAAAUACAAAAUCAGUUGAAGAGUCAUCCCUUAGUUCUGCAGAAAGUGCAGACACUGACAUUAAAAGUGUUGAAGACCGAGUAUUGGCACAAGGAGAUGGGGAGUCUUCCACACCAGUUUACAAGGAUGCUAAUGACAAUGUGACUGAGAUUCAGCACCAGCUAAAAUUGCUGGAUUUAAGCCAAACUGACACAAAUGCAGCUGAGCCACCCAGUCCGUCACCAAGCCAAAGGCGUUCUUCUGAUUCUUCAGAUUCUGACAAAGGAAUUUCAGAUCUAACUCACAGGAUUAGCACUGUGAAAUCUCAGGCAUUUAGCCCAUUUCCUAGUGUUAAACCGCCCAGAAAAUCAGCAGCGGCAAGAAAUUUAGGUUUAUACGGCCCAACUGAGAGGACCCCAACUGUCCAUUUUCCCCACAUGAGCAAAAGUGCUCACAGUUCUGGAAAUGACAAACUAAACAGGACCAGGAAGGAGUGAAUAAGUCAGAGACAUUUGGUGAUGACCAUUUUGUUAUAAUUUAUUCUUAAAUUAAGAUGUUUAACAACACUUUAUACCAUGUGCAACACACACAAAAUGUUGGAGGAACUCAGCAGGUCAGGCAGUAUUUAUGGAGAGAAAUAAACAGUCGACAUUUUGGGUCGAGUCCCUGAAGGGUCUCGACCCGAAAUGUCGACUGUUUAUUACUCUCCAUAGGUGGUGCCUGACCUGCUGAGUUCCUCCAGCAUUUUGUGUGUUGCUCCAGAUUCCAGCAUCUGCAGAAUCUCUUGUGUCUCUACUUUCUAUCAUGUGCAAUGUUGUAAAACCUACUUUAUGUAAAUAAAAUUUUAAGAAGAAACCAAGGUCAAAUUCUAAAGUAUUGUUGGAUUAAAUCCAUUUUCUGGAAAUUAAAGACCAAUAUUAAUAGGACCGUCAUACAAUACUAACGGACAAUUUAUGGCAAACCAAAAAUUAUUAAUGGAAAUUCUUAAAUUUGUCACUAUUAUUGUCUUAUCUAUUCUUGCUGUAUGAUGUGACAAUAAACACUGCUGUUUACAAUUUUAA